AUGUUUAGAUUAUUAGCUCGUAACGCUUUAAAACAAACAUCAAUUUUAAACGCAUCAACAAAAAAUGUCGUUUUAAUUCGUAAUAAUACCAGUACAACACAAAAGGUAUCAGUUUUUCAACCAUUAGAUACUUUUCCAAAAAGACAUAUUGGUCCAAAUGAAAAUGAAAUUAGCGAAAUGUUAAAGCAAAUUAGCACAUCAAAAUUAUCAAAUAAAACUCCAAGUUCAUUAGAUCAAUUAAUUGAAUAUACCAUCCCAAAAGAUAUUAGAUUAAACAAAGUUUUAGAUAUCGAAGGUAAUCCAAUCAUUGGUGAAAGUCAAUUAUUAAAAGAGUUAAAACAAGUUGCACAAAAAAAUAAAAUCUUUAGAUCAUUCAUUGGUAUGGGCUAUUACAAUACCUUAACCCCACAUGUCAUUCAAAGAAAUAUUUUAGAAAACCCAGGAUGGUAUACACCAUAUACUCCAUAUCAAGCUGAAAUCAGUCAAGGUCGUUUAGAAUCACUUUUAAAUUUCCAAACUAUGGUUUCAGAAUUAACUGCUCUUCCAAUGGCCAAUGCAUCAUUACUCGAUGAAGCUACCGCUGCUGCUGAAGCUGUUACCAUGUGUAUUAACAUUUCAAAAUCAAAAGGUCCAUUCACCUUCUUAGUCGAUAGCAACUGUCACCCACAAACUAUUGAUACCAUUAAAACCAGAGCUGAACCAAAGGGUAUUCGUAUUGAAAUCUCUGAACCAAAAGAUUUUGAUUUCUCAUUAGCCGGUGUUGUAGGUUGUAUUGUCCAAUACCCAGCCACCAAUGGUUCAGUUGCAGACAUUAAAGAAUUAGCUGAUCGUGCUCAUCAAGCCAAUUCAUUAGUUGUUGCUGCCACUGAUCUCCUUUCAUUAGCUAUGAUCAAAGCUCCAGGUGAAUGGGGUGCUGAUAUCGCUUUAGGUAACAGUCAAAGAUUUGGUGUUCCAUUAGGUUUCGGUGGUCCACAUGCUGCUUUCUUUGCCACCAAAGAUAAAUAUGCUCGUCUUUUACCAGGUAGAAUUAUUGGUGUUUCAAAAGAUAAACAAGGUGAUCCAGCUUAUCGUAUGGCCCUUCAAACUAGAGAACAACACAUUCGUCGUGAAAAAGCUACUUCAAAUAUUUGUACCUCACAAGCUCUUCUUGCUAAUAUGAGUGCUAUGUAUGCUGUCUAUCACGGUCAAGAAGGUAUUAAAGCUAUUGCCAACACUGUCCACAGAAAAACCAUCAUUUUAAGAGAAGGUAUUUCAAGAAUGGGUUAUCAAGUUUUAGAUCGUCCAUUCUUUGAUACUAUUUUAAUUGAAAGUGGUGAUAAAACAGAAAUGAUCAUUAAAGAUUUAGCCGCCAAAAAAAUCAAUGUCAGAAAAUAUGACAACAAAUCUAUUGCCAUCUCUAUCGAUGAAACUGUCACAGCCGAAGAUAUCACCAAUUUAUUAGAUGGUUUUGUUGCUCAUGCCUCCAAACCAUUAGGUCUUGCUUCACCACAACAACUUGAAGCUGAUACCAACUCAACUAAAGUUAUCCCAGCCGAAUUAGAACGUACUUCAGAAUUUUUAACCCAUCCAAUCUUUAAUAAAUAUCACUCUGAACACGAACUCCUUCGUUACAUUCACAAACUUCAAAAGAAAGAUUUAGGUCUCACCACCGCUAUGAUUCCAUUAGGCAGUUGCACAAUGAAACUUAAUGCUACCACCGAAAUGUAUCCAGUCUCAUGGCCAGAAUUCAACUCACUCCAUCCAUUUGUACCAUCAGAUCAAACUUUAGGUUACAAAGAAAUGUUUAAUUCAAUCUCAAAAUCACUCUGUGAAAUCACUGGUUUCGAUGGUUGUUCAUUACAACCAAAUGCUGGUUCCCAAGGUGAAUAUGCAGGUUUAAUGGUUAUUCGUUCAUAUUUAAUUUCAAUUGGUCAAAGUCAAAGAAAUGUUUGUUUAAUUCCAGUUAGUGCCCACGGUACAAAUCCAGCAAGUGCUGCUAUGGUUGGUAUGAAAGUUGUAGUUGUCGAUUGUGAUGCUCAAGGUAACAUUGAUCAAAAUGAUCUCAGAGCCAAAGCUGAAAAAUAUAAAGAUACUUUAGCUGCUCUUAUGAUUACCUAUCCAUCAACUCACGGUGUCUUUGAAGAAGGUGCUAAGGAUAUGUGCGAUAUUGUUCACAGAUAUGGUGGUCAAGUUUACAUGGAUGGUGCAAAUAUGAAUGCCCAAGUUGGUCUCUGUCGUCCAGGUGAUAUUGGUGCCGAUGUUUGCCAUCUCAAUCUUCACAAAACAUUCUGUAUUCCACAUGGUGGUGGUGGUCCAGGUAUGGGUCCAAUCUGUGUUAAAUCACAUUUAUCACCAUUCCUUCCAGGUCACUCAGUAGUCCAAAAUGCUGGUGGUGAACGUGCUAUGAGUGCAGUUUCUGCUGCUCCAUGGGGUUCAAGUUCAAUUUUACCAAUCACAUAUGUAUAUUUGAAAUUAAUGGGCGGUCAAGGUUUAAAGAAAGCUACUCAAGUUGCUAUCCUCAGCGCAAAUUAUAUGGCCAGUAGAUUAAAAGACCACUACAAAAUUCUUUACACUGGUUCACACGGUCUUGUUGCUCACGAAUUCAUUAUCGAUCUUAGAAUGUUCAAAGAAAGUGCUGGUAUCGAAGCUGAAGAUGUUGCCAAACGUCUCCAAGAUAUGAAUUUCCAUGGUCCAACUAUGUCAUGGCCAGUACCAAACACUUUAAUGAUUGAACCAACCGAAAGUGAAUCUAAAUACGAAUUAGAUCGUUUAUGUGAUGCCUUAAUUAUCAUCAGAGAAGAAAUUAGAGAAAUCGAAGAAGGUAGAGCAGAUAAAAAGAACAAUGUUUUAGUUAAUUCUCCACACACCGAAAAAGUUAUUAUUAAUGAAAAAUGGAACUACCCAUACACCAGAGAAAAAGCUGCUUUCCCAACCCCAGCUACCAAAUUAUCUAAAUUCUGGCCAACUGUUGGUCGUAUCGAUAAUGUCCAUGGUGAUAAAAAUUUAGUUUGCUCAUGCCCACCAUUAUCCGACUAUCAAUAA